AUGGCGAAAUACGAAAGCAGUGACUCAGUAGCUGUCCCGCCAAAGCUGAAUUUCACACUCCCAACUCGGAAGGAAAUUGGUAAGAAUCGUUCCGGCUGGUCAAGUGCUGAGAUUCAGUCGCAAGUAUGGACAGAAAUUUUGCUAAUAACAGCAAAUGAUCACGAAUUCGACGCUUGUUAUUCGUAUAUGAAGCAUGUCCAAAGAAGUUGGCAUGAUACACUCGGAAUGGUGGAUUUUGGUCAAUUUGGCGAUAGUGUGAGAGUCGCGUUGAUGAAAUGUGCACAAGGACCGACUGAGGCUGUGAUAGCUGUGAAAAAUGCCGCUGACAUUUUGCACCCAAAAGUAAUCCUUUUCGUCGGGAUCUGUGCAAGUAUGAAACCGACAAAGGCAAAACUUGGCGACGUCGUGAUUUCUGCGAAAUUGGCGACUUAUGGAGACAAGAAAGUCAGGGCAGAUGGGAUAGUUGAGUAUCGCGGUACCAAAGCGAAAGUGAGUCGAUAUAUGGCUCGUCUUAUUCUGCAUGCAGCUGAUGGUUGGGAAGCACCGUUACAAGACCAGAGUAGUUUAAAAGUCGAGGUCCAUCGUGACGCUGUGAUGUUAAGUGGUCCAGAGUUGAUUGAUAAUCUUGAAAGACGUCAAGAGUUAUUGAAUCAUUUUCGAGACGCACUUGGUCUUGAAAUGGAGGGCGCAGGUAGGUAGGAGCCCCAACAAAAGGGCCAAAAGUGAGUGCGUUAACUUGUAGUUUAUGUGCAUUUAUGUCGAAAAUGAACUUACUUUAACGGCCUUCUCGACUUGUUUUUGAGUCGAAUUCUACAAGGGGAACGAAUAGCCUACAGGCCCCCUACAGUCUACAGGAUAGUGCUUUGUCAGACUAGUCCCUAGUCCUCUGUGCGCGCUUUGUAUUUUCCCCGUGGCGUCGCCUGUACAUUAAUAGGGAGUUUACGAUCUACGACGCGGCCGGCUCGACGUCGCGCUUUUCAAAACAAAGAAAUUUGGUGUUUCCACAAACAAUAGUGUUAUAUGUUUUACCGUCAUACAAACUUACAAAGAACUUACAAAGAAAUUUGUCAUGCAAGACAAAAACUGUCAAUAAUUUGUGGACCCAGGAGUAUUGUCAACCGCGUUGUCAUUCUCAAGACAACGUUAAACAAGCGUUAUUACGUCUUUCAGGCAACGUGAAAGCUUAAUGCGACCCAAGAGGUGUUCUUAAAGUCGAAAUUACAGCAAAGAUUGCAUCGUUUCAGCCGAACGUAGCAGUUUGUAAGGUUAUUUGAAAAAGCGUCAAAUAUUUAUUACAGUAAUCAAAUUGCUUACCGCUCAUUCUUGAGCUGAAAUUCAGACCGCGUCGUCGAGCCGGCCGCGUACUAAUAAGACGUUCCCUCGAAACCCCGCGCUCCCAUUGUUUUUCCACUGAUCUCUAUUCCCAACUGAAGCGAUGAGGGACGAGGCAGCUAAGAGGCCUAAACCUAAGGGACUUUUUGCCCCUCAGGGUAUGUGGGGGCGAUUUUCCUGCUGUACUGAAAUUUAUGCCUAUGAUACAAGCAUCCACAGUACUGUUAUAUUACUGUACCAAUGCGGUAUAUUGUCAUUUUCGUUCUUAAAUUUUAGGUCUAUAUGCAGCCGCGCGUGAUCUUGGCAUUGAAUGGGCUGUUAUCAAAGCAGUAUCAGAUUUCGGAGAUGGAAGUAAUUCAGAGACAAAAGAUUGGCAGCCAUUUGCCAGUGUAAUGGCGGCAUCUGUUGUCCACAAUAUGUUCAAAUAUUCUGAUGUAAUAAAGCAAUGGCCUCACUACAGCAAAGACGAUCAGCCAGUGCCGCCGGCUCCAAGUAAUGGCCAAUCUCGUACCCAGAGUAUGCCCGUUCGCAGGUUAGAUGCAUGCUCAGCACCUAACCUGCGAACGAGCAUACUCUGUGUACGAGAUUGGGUAAUGGCAAUCAGUUUAGCCCGAUUUUAACGAAUAAUAAUUGUUAAAUGUCACUUACAUGGGUCAUUUUUAAAUAAAAUCAUAAUAAUAAUAAUAAUAAUAAUAAUAAUAAUAAUAAUAAUGGGAUGUGGUUGCCGACUAUAGGCCAUUUCUCCCCCCCCCCCCCAUCCCCAAUCUUUUCCGGAGUGUAGUUUUAACCGAAACUUCAAAAUUUGUUUCCCAGCGACGGAAAAUUUGUGUCGGCCAAUCACAUUAGUUACAAAAUUUUCUUUUUGCGGAAAAUUUUCCCGGAGUUAGGCCUUUACAUUCGUUCAAAUCCGGUGAAAAUAGCAGAGAGUUCGAAUUUGGUAUAGUGUAGCCCCGAACGCCAGUAUGUCCCAUUAUAUUAUACAUAUAAUCGAUGCGUAGCCGGUCUAUCACAGAAAAAAAUUCUGUUUUCCUAUAGUUGUUGUCAGACCAUUACGCGAAGUUCAACCCGCUAGACGCACAGACUAUUCGACUGGUGUUAAGUUUAAACAAGAUAUUGAUGAGUUUCUCAACUUUGAAGAUUCUGAUGAGUUUAGACAGGAAGUCAACUUUGAAAACAUUGAUGAGUUGAGAAAAGCCAACUUUAUAAAAGAUAUUGGGCAGGUUUGUCCCACUAGCAUAAUACCUGUGAUUGUGCAACUGCUCUGAUUGCAUCGUGAUUCAACUCGUAUUUAUGAAAGUAUUUUCAAAAGAAGUUAUUUUACAGUUUUAAGAGUCUUUUCGUUUUAGUAAUGCAUUUGUUUUUCAUUAUUUUCUUCAGUGUCAAUUUAAAGGGCGUAUGAUAAAGUACAAAGUGAAAAGAAUGUUGCCAUACCUUCUGACAGAAUGGUGGAGUUGGAAAUAUGAGGCGACGGCAACGGACAAAAAGACUGGCGAAUUUACCGUGAAAAGAGGAAAUUUUACAGAGAAAAACAAUGGAGUAAAGUGCGUUAUUGAAGAUCUCCUGGUGCAACUAAGACUACAACCUCGUUCCCAGUGUCUCACCUCCGCCCAACCCAUUGCUACGGAGAAACCCUGGUAUUGUGUUGUCAUGUAGGACAAUACCGACCAGAGGCCAAUAUGCAAAGACUAGUGGAUGAAAUAUAAUACGAAGUUACUUGCCUUCUUGGUUCUUAACUCGUAACUAAUUAUUAAUUGUGCUUUAUAUAUAUAUAUAUAUAUAUAUAUGUGCUUUAUAUAUAUAUAUAUAUAUAUAUAUGUACUAUUUAAAGCACGCGUAUAGGAGUGUUUUAUCAG